AUGACUCUGAUCCCAUGUGUCCACAUUUAUUCCAGACCCAACGCCACUGGCGGCGGCGUGCGCAACGGCGGCGUUGGCAGGUUCUAUGGCUGGCCUUCCUCGCGAAUUGUUAGGGUUUUGCGAGCAUCCGGUGGGAAGGAUAGGUAUAGCAAGGUGUUGACAUCGAAGGGGCUUCAAGACCGGCGGGUGAGGCUGUCGGUGAACACCGCCAUCCAAUUCUACGAUCUGCAAGAUCGAUUGGGGUACGAUCAACCAAGCAAGGCGGUGGAGUGGCUGCUCAAGCGGGCGGCGGCGAGCUCGAUUGCGGAGCUGCCGCCGAUGAACACCUCGUUCCUCGACACACCCAAGCAGCUGAGCGAUGAGAAGAGGCCGAGCACCGCCGGCAGCGAUCAGCUCUGCUACGACUCCGCUGAGAUCGAAUUACUCCCAGUAGCAGCAGAUGACCAAAUCGUCGGCGUGCAACAUACUUCUGAAACCAGCAAUGGUUUGGGGCUGUCUCUGUCUAGAUCUGAUAGCCGAAUCAAGGCACGAGAGCGGACCAAGGAGCGAGUCGCGGAGAAGGAGAAGGAGAAUGAGCCGACUCACAGGUCUCUGAACCCUAUCUCUCACACCACUUCCUUCACGGAGCUCUUGAAUGGCGGAUGA